CAUUGAUGAGGCAACAGCUGUAUGUAACCUAAUCAGUUUCCUCCUACUUUUCUCUCUCUGUCUCUCUCGCCCUCACUGCUGCAUGUGACAUUGCGACUGACCCUGUGUCUCCUCUCCUCCACACACAGCUCACUGCAUCUUAAACCCCUAGUACUUCUCUCUUUUUAUCUCUCCCCAUCCCUCUGGCUAUCCAUGGCGUACCCGGCUUUUCCCAAGCUUCUCCUCCUUUGCCUGCUCUUUGCUGUAGUCAUGAGUGUGGGUCCGUGUGCUCGGGCUCAGCUUGAGGAGACGAGCCUGAAGCUGAUGUCGGAGGCGUUUGAAUGGCAGACAACAAUGUCAUCACCGUACGACGAGUUUGACAACUUGGGCGAGGAGGGAGAGGUGGAUAUAGACGGUGGGUCGCUCGGGAGGCGUAGGUCUCUGUUCUGGCGGAGAGUAAUGAGGUACUACAUCUCGUACGGUGCGCUCACUGCCGACAGAAUCCCGUGCCCACCUCGCUCAGGACGGUCCUACUACACCCACAACUGCUUCAAGGCAAGAGGCCCGGUCCACCCUUAUACCAGAGGCUGCUCGAGUAUCACUCGCUGUAGGAGAUGAGAAAGCAAGUAUAUUUGUCUAUUUUCCGAGUGUUUAUUUGUUUGAUUUGUGUUAAUGGGUAUGUGUGAGAACCGCUAGGGUGAUAACGUGUUGUUACCCAUAUUGGCAGUGUGACUUUUUGGGUAUUUAAAUUUAAUUAGGCGAGAAAUUUGGUGAUGGGCAUUGGUUUGAUGCUGCAUGUAUGUAUUGGUAUUGUUCUCCGCGUGUGUAGAGAAUUGCUUUGCUCAUGAUUGAAUGUUAAGAAAUAGCCUCAUUUUGUUGCUCUAA